UGCUUGAAUACUUUUCAAUGGCCCUUCAUUGAUGAUGUUCUUAGGUCGCUUUCGUUCUUCUGUUCAUUAAGAAUUCAAGGGCCACCAAGACAUUUAUACGAGGUUAGAUUACCCGAUAUAUCUAAUUUUCGUUAUUGGGAACUUCAAAGCGUCUCCAUUUUUUUUUAUUAAAUGGGGGUCUGAUUAAGAUUGUUUACAACAAGAAGCCGGCCAAUCUGGAUAUGGGUCCACUGUUCUUCUAGAUAAAAUCUGGAUUUUGUUCAUCGGUGGAGUCAUCUUGUGUUCUUGUGCUUGGAUUCAGGGUUUUCUUUCUCUUCAGCAUUGGUAAGUGUUUUUGAAUCUUUAAAAAAUUGAUAGCUCUUGGUUGAAGUAUAAUUCUUGGAUUUGCUGACAAAAGUAGCAGCAUUAGGGCUUGAAGAAGACUUUAAUUAGUGAAUUCUUUAUUUUGGAGCGUUUUUGUUGUUAAAUAAAUGCUCCAGAGGAUCUAUGGUAUUUAGUGUUUUUGGCGCUUCUACCCUCUUCGAUUUGAUGGGAUAUUCAUUCUUUAAUUUCUUAGCUUUGAUAUUUAAAAUAAAGAAGGAACAUUGUGCUGUGGUUGUGAAGAUUGGUUAGAGUAGGUUUCUCCUGUGGAAGGGUGAGAAAUGGAUAUAUGGAUGGUUGCAGUAGCAGCCGGUGCUAGCUAUAUAGCCCAGCAUUUUAAAAAGAUUAAGCAGGCUGGCGGUCACAUAACAUCAGAAUCAUCGAUCGAGGGUUCAUUUGGUGUCAAACCCGACUCCCCAAAGCCGCCUUCCGACAAGAAAUGGCCCUUCCGCAGGUUGGCAAAGAGAGAAAAUUUGAGAAAAGAUGAUUCUGAAGUCAGAAGUGAGGUUUCUCUAGGUAUUUCUAGUCCAGAAAUGGCUUCUACUAGUGAGUUCGAUGGUGAAAAGGGGGUAAUAUCAGGCAAUUGCGAGUUUAGUAGUGUCUUUUCUGCAUCAAGCCUAUUCCCUGGUUUCAUUGGCAGUGAUGGAGUAUUGGGGGAUAUUGAAGGGGUUAGAGUAAGUGAACGAAUGGGUGACUUAUCACGUAGAUCUUCAACUCCUAGAAGUAGAAUGGUUCUUAGAAGCAGACGGGCUAUUAGACCUCUAAGCUCGUUAGAAAAUUGCGUUAUGGCUCAGUUAUACACAGAACAUGUUGAAAUGAAAGAAUACAUGUCCAGUUUGUUUGCUUCACCUUCUACGCAGACUGUGAGGCCAUUUUUGGUGACCGAUGGCAGCAAAGUGAUUAACAGGGCAAGUGGUGAUGCUUUUGUUGUGCAAUAUAGUUAUGUGAAAGAGAAGCUGCAAACAUAUUCAGAAGAAAAUAACUCAAUUUUUGGAGCUCCCUUACUGCCAAACAUAAGUUCUUUGGAGGUCAUGGGAAAAGAUGAAGCUGAUACUAACAACACAACGGCGAUCAUGAAACAUUUCAAUUUACCAAGAGGAUCAUUGGAUGCAACGCUACUUCUCUGUCUUGGGAUGUCUUUUGGCAUAAUAUCUUCCUUCUUGGCAAAUAGACGGGAGGUAGAAAAAGUGAAUGGCUUGUUGAAGCAGACAGAAAGCUUGGUUCAAGAUCUUGAGGAGGAGCUUGAAAUGAAAGAUUCAUUAAUCAUGCAAGAGCUUACAAUUGAGGAUCACAAACUGCAAAGAAUGGAUGGUUGUUCUUCCAAUGAUGGGUCACUUCAUUCUGUUUCUCAUGAGCGUUAUUGGGAGCAAUCAGUGAACAGCCAUAACAAAGAAUCCGUUAUUCAGAAGGCAAAAGAUGAUUCUUUUAGUAAAAUCGAAGCAGAGCUGGAAGCUGAACUUGAAAUGCUUGAACUGAGUAUGACUUCAUCCAACUUGGAAAGAAGAAUUUCUAAUCUUGUUGAGGUUGAUCCAGACUUCGAGGCAGAUAUAGUCGAGGGUGAGUUAAGGGCUGACACGCUAGAUACGCGAAGUAACACCGACCGAGAUGGGACCAGUACGACACAUUCAGCAAACUAUACAGUUUCUCCUAGAGAACUGAGCUUGCGGUUGCAUGAGGUCCUUCAAUCCCAACUUGAAGAACGUAUCCGAGAGCUGGAAGCAGAAAUACAAAGCAAAAACCAGAAAUCUUGGAAAGAUUUGUCGAGCAGUGAUGAAAAGAACCUGAGCGUAGAUGAGGAGGCGGUUGUUUUGAAUCUAUCGGGUGAAGCUUUAGAUGCUUAUAAUGAGGCCUGUAAUGAGUUUGCAAAGUUUGAUGAAUCAGAGGAAGAGGAAGAGGAAGAAUCAACACCACACAUUCACAUUCAUCAUCAAAGGGAAAGGGAAAGGGAAAGGGAAAGGGAAAGGGAAGAAGGAGGAGAAGAUGAUGAUGAGAAUGAUUUUGAAGAGGAUGAGAUGGAGAAACUGUUGAUAAAGCAUAUUGUGGAGAAAGCGAGACAAGGGUCACCUGUUGUUUUGAAUGCACAAAGGGCUUUGUUUUCAGAAUGAACAAACUCCCAUAUAUUUAGGUUUUAAUCGUGGGGUUGUUUUGGGCAUUAAAAUAUAACCAACUUCGUCUUAAUCCUAU